AUGCAAGUGGAAAAAGAGUCGUCGCGGGAGGAAGCGUUGGCUGGAAAUACCCGGCCCGGCCCGACCGGACCGAACCGUUGUCGUCGUUACUCCCAGCGGGGGGACGCAACGGUUUGGCGGUACCGAGGCAGAGGGCCGCGGGACGUGGGACGAUCACAGUGCUGGUGCAUAGUGGUGGUCAGGUGGUGGUCCAUCACCGGCCGAGACAGCUGGCCGGCCAGCUAUGCGAUGACCAGCCGCGGUGGUCACUUGGCGAAAGCCGGGUGUUGUGUACGUGGUGACGGUAGUCGGGCGGCUGACAGCCGUGAUGACGACCUAACGACAGCCACCGAACGACGACCGUCAUUUGCUGGCGACGGUUCCGGCCUCUACCCUGGUCUCCAUCAUCGUGCUUUCAUCAACCGAGAUGACAGAAGCGAUGCAUGCCAAGGGACGGCCACGCCACGGGACCGUUCGCUUUCCCGUUCCGCAUAUCGGUCACCCUGA